CACGCUCACUGUCUGCCGUCGUGACCCAACCAAACAUAACCCUAAGAGUCCUCGUUAAAUGCAUAUUUUCAGCUCAAUCCGGAAGCGAUCGAAAACGUGUGAUUUCCUCGCUAAUGUAAAUGGCUAGCACAUUAAUAACAGUGCAUUAUUAUUGCGCGCGUCUCUCACUGGACGCCUUCACGUCAUGUGCUGCUGUAGAAGUACUGAAGAGGUGAAUCCCCAGCAGUCUACAGUUUUUGGAACCUACUUGAGCACCGCGUGUUCUCCGUGGCGAUUUGAGUUGCAGUUACUUCAUCUCAUCAUGUCUGGCAAGAAAUGAAUCCUGAUUCAGCGCUCGACUCGCACAGAAUCGCGCGCGGAGAGAACUUUGCUUUGCAACUCUUCUGUGGAUUGGGCACGCGCCACGGCAGCGCGCGGAGGAUCAACAACUUUCCUCAGAAACAGCGCUAGCGUCCUUCCUGUGUCCUCUCAAAUCCGUCCAUGUCACCAAGUAUUGUCGCUCUAGUUGGACGAGAAUGUUUCAGAGACCAUUUCUGCUCAAACUCGUGGAAAACAUCGUUGGUAAGCCUUGAGAAGCGGAUAUUAAAUGACUUUUGAUGCGCCUCAGACUCGCGUCCUCGCCAGGUGGACUGUGAAGAGACAGAAGAGGAAUGUUUAUCCGAAAAUUAUUGCCGCUGAAUUUGGGUUUUUUGACAUUUUUGUUUAGUCACUGUUUUCUCUCAUUGUUUCUGCCGUUAUUGCAGUUUGCAAAAGGGGAGCUCCAGAAAUCAUGCUCCCGAACCACAGUGGCACCGCUGGAAGGGAGCUGCCAGCUGCCAUGCCAGUGUAGGCCAUACCCACCGUUACCACCUCCACCCCCUCCUCCACCACCCCCGAGGCUCUUGGCUCCAACUGUGGCUCCCUCCACUGUAUCCCCCAUGACACCAUGGAGGAGAGAAAUGGAAAUCUUAGUACUGGGAACUGUAAUCUGUGCAUCUGUGGUCUUCCUCCUCCUGACUGCCAUCAUAUGCUACAAGGCCAUCAAGAGGAAACCCCUUCGAAAAGAAGAGAACGGCACAAGCCGAGGGGAGUACGCCAUGAGCUCACGCUGUAAACAGCAGGUAGUGGAAACCAACAACACUGGAGUAUAGAGGCCAACAUGCAGCAAGUCAAGCUACCCUACAGCACCACUGGCUCUCUGUUUGGGUUCACGAGAUGGACGCAAGGUAUAUACGAAUUUAGAAACUGUAAACUGCACGGCUGCCCUUCUUGGGACAUAAAAUGGUGUUUAGAGAAAAGAAUCAAAGCAAAUAAGUGACGUGUAUAGGCAAGUAUAUGUAGGAUUUGAGGAGACGACACUUAGCGAUGCAGGCAGCUGCACGAGUUUCACAAGACUCAACCUGGUGGCCCUCAGGGGUCCCUCUGAGUAUAAUAUACAACACCAACAACAAAAUAGACGCAUGCACUUUCUGUUGAAUGCAAUGAUGUUUUGAAAUUCCCGUCUUCUCUUGUCUUUAACUCGGUCUCUGAUGUGUCCCUCAUUAAACAUUAAAGGUUCUGUCACCUCAUGUAGAUUGUGUGAGUGUUAAAUAACCGCAUUGGCCCCAUUUGCUUUGAUACAGAUUCCAAGUGAAUUGGUCGAUUCUUCAUUUUGUGUACCAAAUAUACAGUAGAGAACAAGAAGUGUUUUCCUGAAAGGCACCCAUAGAUUUCUUGCAGUUUGUGUUACUAUGCAAUUGGAAAGGUUUGAGUUCUUGAGGUGCAUGCUGAUUAUACAAAAACACAAUGCUAGCAUUUGCUUUGCUAAUAUUUAGAUGUAGUUCCCAAUAGUUCCUUCAAUUGAUAUGUGUAGAUUUUAAAGAUGCUAAAUGUGGAUUAUGGGGAAAGAGCUCCAUUUAUAAAUACAUAAAGAAAGAACAAUGGAUAAUGGAUGAGUUUUAAGAAAAGGUUCAUUUUAAAGUGAUUAGAAUUAUGUUGUUAUAGCUUCUUUUAAAUUGUCUAUCUGUAUUAUUUUGUUUAAAAUAAAUCAACAAAAAAUGAAUCAGUUUUGUCAUCACAAUUUGAGAUAGUUGACACUUUCAAGUGCAGUUCAAGGGUUAAAGAACAAAAUGAAAAUCAGUGUCUUUCUCAUUUUAAUCCACAUUUAACACUUUAUCUUUGAAAAACGGAUUAAGAUCAUUUAAAUGAAACCUAAGAGGUUUCUGUCCCCCCACUGAACGUCUUCUUAACCACACCUGAAAAGAUCCAAAAAGCAAUAACUAAGUUUUUUUGAUAAUACAGUGU